GGCCGUGUGCUAAAAAUUGCGGCUAAUUCGCAUUAAUAAGAGACGGAAUUGGCAAAUAAUCGAUCAAAAGUUGUCUUAUGCCACCAUCACUGGAGGCUUCUUCCUCCAUAAUAGACCUCCCACUCCUAGUUCAAAAGUGCGCCUCCAUAACAUUGGUCAGGAAAGCGCGGGAGCUCCAUGGAAUCAUUGUCACCUCUGCACCCACGGCUUCGAAGUCUCCAUAUGUAUACAACAACAUUCUCUCCAUGUAUGCCAGAUGCGGAUCCCUUACGGACGCUCGAGCACUGUUCGACAAUAUGCCUCAGAGAAGUACAGUCACUUAUAACGCCCUCAUUUCUGCAUAUUCUUCUAGCCCCCACCUGGGCGUUUUGGUUUUCCGACUACUUGCAGAAUUGCAAAACGAGAGGCUCAGACCAAACGGGUCGACCUUCACGAGCCUCUUACAAGCAUCAUCUGCCAUAAAGAAUCGAACUUUGGGUUCUGCGAUACAUGCCCAGUGUUUGAAGUUUGGUUUCUUGGACAAUGUCUGCAUUCAGACUUCUCUACUAGGGAUGUAUUCCAACUGUGGGGAUUUGGACUCUGCAUACAAAGCUUUUCGCUGCAUGGUUCACGCAGAUUCAGUGGCCUGGAAUUCUUUAAUUUUUGGACACAUAGAAAACGGUGAGAUGAGAGAAAGUCUUAAACUUUUCGGAAGCAUGCUGAGGACUGAAGUUUGUCCUACACAAUUUACCUUCUCAAUGUUAUUAAAUGCAUGUAGCAGGUUGAGAGAUUAUCAUACCGGUCAACUUCUUCAUGCCCAGGUAAUUUUAUCCGGGGCGUAUAUUGACAUGCCUCUGCAUAAUGCUCUGCUUGAUAUGUACUGUAGUUGUGGUGACACCGUAACAGCAUUGGAUGUAUUUGAAAAGAUUGGGAAUCCAGAUUUGGUGUCAUGGAACUCAAUGAUAGCAGGAUAUGCAGAGAAUGGAGAGAAGGCAGUGAGAGUGUUUGUCCAAUUUUUACGAAGGUCUCUGUGCAAGCCAGAUGAAUAUACUUUUGCAGCCGUUAUUUCUGCAACAUGUAUGUUUCCAGCAGCGGAUUAUGGGAAACCACUCCAUGCCAAAGCUGAGAAGGCUGGGCUUCAGAGCAGUGUGUAUGUUGGGAGCACAUUGUUAGCUAUGUACUUUAGCAAUGAGGAACCCGAGUCUGCCCACAAGAUAUUUUAUUCAGUUUCUGAGAAGGAUGUCGUUCUCUGGACUGAGAUGAUCGCGGGCUAUUGUAGAACCGGUGAUACUGAUGGUGCUCUAAGGUUUUUCCAUGGAAUGCUCCAGGAUGGGCUAAAGAUUGACAGCUUUGCUCUUAGUGCAACUCUUAACGCCUGUGCUGAAGGAGCAACUCUGCGACAAGGAGAGAUGAUUCAUUCCCUGGCUGUAAAGACAGGCUAUGAUUCCGAGAUGAGUGUUUGUGGAAAUCUUGUGGAUAUGUAUGCCAAGAAUGGGAACCUUAAAGCUGCAGAAGUUGUAUUUUCCCUCACAACUGCACCUGAUCUAAAAUGUUGGAACACAAUGCUGGGAGGAUAUGGCUAUCACGGGAAGCCUGAGGAGGCAUUCAGAACUUUCAACGAGAUUAUAAACCAUGGCCUUGAGCCAGAUCAGGUAACGUUUUUAUCUCUUCUUGCAACUUGUAGCCACUGCGGUUUGGUCAGCAAGGCCAAGUACUUUUGGAACUGCAUGAAGGAAAAAGGCAUAAGACCAGGACCGAAGCACUAUUCUUGCAUGAUUGCAUUGUUAAGUCGAGCCGGAUUACUACAGGAGGCUGAGGAGAUGAUUACUGAAUUUCCUUUUGGCGAUUAUCAUCUUGAACUGUGGAGAAUUCUGCUCAGCUCCUGCGCUCGGUAUGGGGAUUUGAGAAUAGGGAUUCGGGCUGCCGAGCAGGUGUUGAGUUUGGAUGCAGACGACAGUGCAACCAACAUAUUGCUUUCAAAUUUAUACGCUGCAGCAGGAAGAUGGGAUGCUGUCAAAGAAAUGAGGAGAAAGAUAAAAGGGUUGAUGCUUGAAAAAGAACCUGGUUUAAGCUGGUUAGAGGCCGUGAACAACAAGAUACAUGUGUUCUCUUCUGGCGAUCAGUCGCACCUGCAAAAUGGCGAAAUACAAAUGGUGUUGCAUACAUUGCUGGGAAACAUGACACCUUCAGAUCCCGGUGAAUUCGACCUUACUGGUGGGUAAGAAGAAACAACAGAGGAUGGAGAGAGCUUAGUAAACUUCACAUCUCAUUGCAACAUGUUCAACUACCAUCUUUUUAUUUGAAUGAAGUAUAGAUUGAAUUGAAACAUUAUCUAAUGGACAGUUAUGACGUC